AUGACAGUUGUGGACAGACUAGUAAAGAUCGGCCCAGAACACAAUCACCAAUCAGCUCCUUAUCUCAAUCAUGUUGAUGCCUUUAGAAGCAAGCUUCUUGGUCGUGCCAGAAAUGAGACCACGCCUAUCCCACGCAUUUAUGCUGAUGAACUGGCCAACCUCAGACGACAUGGUGAUGAAGUUCCUGGGGAAUAUCUCUGCCAUUUUCCAACUUUUGACAGCAUGAGGUCACCUAUGUACAGGGAAAGACAGAAGAACAUACCCAGACUUCGAAAGACCAGAUCAACAGUUGCCUUGGAAGAAACCUGGACAAGAACGGACGCAGGAGAACAGUUUCUGAUUGCUGACCAUGGCAAGAUUCUUAUCUUUGCCACAAGAGAGAAAUUAGAACAUUUGUGCAAUGCGGACAUCAUGUAUGCUGACGGAACUUUCUUUUCAUCACCUUGUUUGUUUCUACAAACAUACCCCAUCCAUGCAGAGGUUCAAGGAAUUAUGCAUCCAUUAGUGUACUUUCUUCUGCCCAACAAGUCACACGAAACCUACACAACAGCCUUCCGUUUACUGAAGACAGAAACUGAGAGACUGCAUCUCAACCUCCAGCCCCAGAUUCUUCAGAUAGACUUUGAGAAAGCCGUCGCCAAUGCAGCAUUAGCCGUGUUUGAUAACAUUCAGAUACGUGGAUGUUAUUUUCACUUUUCCCAGGCUCUGUGGAGGAGAAUUCAGCACCUUGGACUUGUCUCUCGUUACAAGAAUGAUGCCGACUUUCCGAAGCUAUCUGAGAGAGCUAAGGCUCUUCCUCUUGCACCCAUUCAUCAGGUCGACAAUGUCUGGUUGGACGUGGACGCUACUGCUGAUGCACCCCAGGUGAUGAUGCCGCCGUCAAGUUCAUGGACUAUGUCACAACAUGGGUGGAGGAGCAGCACUGGUCAGCACAAGUUUGGAACCAAUUUACCAAUGAUGGACACUGGACUAAUAGCCACUUAG